AUGGCAUCAGAUUACCCAGAGCCUCCGACGCAUAUACAAUCAAUAUCCACAACGGCGGACUCCCACGUGCGAGCGCGAGCUCAGGCCAGUUCCGCGGCCGAUCGGGCCGCAUUCGCGUUGGCGUCACAGGCACAAGCCCCGUCACAGUUACACGGACAACAUGGCGAGACCACCUCGACCGAACCGGAGGAUCAUGAGGCACAGCUAGAUCCCUCUAUGGGAAUCAAGCGACCACGUGCCUGUGAACCAUGCAGACAAUUAAAAGUGCGCUGUGAUCCUGACCCGACCCAUCCUGAUGGUGCGUGUAAGCGAUGUGCCAAGGCACGCCGGCAAUGUGUCGUUACAGCGCCGUCAAGGAAACGUCAGAAGAAGACUGAUAGUCGGGUUACGGAGUUGGAGCGUAAAAUCGAUGCCUUGACGGCUACCCUGCAGGCGUCUCAUCACUCGCAGCUUGCAGCGGGUGCAGCUGUACAGUCACAGUCACAGCCCCAAUCGCAACCACAGCAGAUUCCUAUCCAGACUCGCGAAGAACAAAACCAUUCAAGGCGCUGGCUGCGAGAGGACUCGUCACACUUAGCGGGAAAUAAACGACAUCAUGAUGGGUUCAUGGUGUCGCAGUAUUCCCACCCGGAUAGUCCAUCUGCAGAACAGAUCCAUACUAAACAGCAGCAGGCGCCAACUCCAAAGAUGCCGAAUUGGCGAGGACCUUAUGCUGGUGAGACGACGCCAGCACCGAAGAAUGAUUUUCUUGACGUGAUUGACCGGGGUUUAAUCGAUUUAGAGACCGCGAAAGCGUCUUUUGAUCGUUAUGUGAACCGUAUGGCGAUCGAGAUGCCUUUUGUCGUCUUCCCACCAGGCACAACGAUGGGCCAGGUACGCUGUGAAAAGCCGGCUCUUUUUCUUGCGAUACUUGGUGUUUCAGUCGCCACCUUUAAAAAGGAGCUCCAAAUGCCGUUGAUCAAUGAUUGUUAUCGGUUGAUUGCCGAGAAAGUAGUUGUCAAGGGUCACAAGUCCCUUGAACUAAUUCAGGCUCUGAUGGUCAUUUCUAUGUGGUAUGUCCCACCGGAUAAUCUGGAUGAGCUCAAGUUCUACCAAAUGAUUCAUAUGGCAAUUGCUCUUGCUAUGGAACUGGGCUUGAAUCGACGCUCAAAUGGAGACUUGAAACCUCUCAAACGUAUAAGAGAGAUCAUGGUAAGAAAUACGAUAACGGAGGAUGUGGAUUUAAAUGGACCCGAAGCACGAAGGACUUGGAUUGCUUGCUACUUUAUGGGAAUUCAGGUGGCCACGGCUUUGAGACGAAUGCAGCUAGUACGGUGGCAACCUUAUAUGGACGAGUCAAUCCAAAUACUGGAAAAUCACCCCGAUGCGUUACCGUCUGAUCGCACGAUCGUUUGGUGGGCAAAAUUGGGUUGGAUUAUGGAACAAGCUGGCUUGCAAUUAAUCUCGGAUGACAGCCAAUCGGUCGUGGCGUUCACAGAUAGCAAAGUGAGAUACACUAUUAAAGCAUUUGGGAAACAACUUGCCCAGUAUCGAAGGGAUAUCCCUGAAGAGUCGUGGACCGCACCAUUGGCCCAUACAUACUUUGCACUGGAUCUCUUUGUACAUGAGAGCGCCAUGGGUGUUGACUGCCGGGAUAGCAUUCAACCAAAUGUCCUAGACAAUGAAGAUUUCCCUGCCACAACCAUGGCGCCGCUGAUUGAUGCACUCACAACUUGUAUUAAAUCCAUCCACAAAACAUUCGAUGUUAUCACGAGCGUCGAUGUGGAAAGAUUCACUUGUCUCCCGACUCUGGCCAUUGCAAGAACGGCAUAUCCAGUUGUUAGUCUCAUCAAGAUUUACUCUCUCCUUACGGCUCCCGAGUCCCGUAUUGGCCAAGUGAUCGAUAUGCAAAGCCUUAAAAUUGAAUACUAUCUGGAAAAAGUGCUCAAUUACUAUCGAGCUGCUGCUGCUCUUGACAGUGGGAGGGUCGCAACCAAGUUUGGAAACAUCCUUCAGAUGCUUUGCACAUGGUUUUCCAAGAAGAAGGGCAAUGGGCCCGAGUUACGUGAGAUGUUUGGCGCAGAAAUGCGAUCCGAUAAUUCAAGCGACAAGAACCCGUUGCUAACAUUAAAAAAGAUGAAAGAAGGCACCACGCCACUGCAUGUACUUAGUGAACUGGCUAUGGAAAAUCCUAACAACCACGCCCCUGGGAAUCAUUCCCACCAGCCACGCUUAGGUCCGGGAAAUAUGUAUUCUCCCGCGAGCCUGAAUCAGGAGUUCGGACGUAAUCCCACAACGCCAACCCAGAAUCCAGGAAACACGAACUACGGGACAACAGAGCCCCAUAGAAUGGGUAGUAUGGUAUCUACCAGAAGUGACCCGAUCGCCGGACCAGUGCCUACUACGACUUGGUCAUCAACGCCAUCCUUUUCUCCUCUUAUGCCAGUCCCAGGGAUGAGAGAUGCAAAUAUGGGGAACAAACCAUACUACCCACAAUUCCCAUCCCCGCAAGGCCCAACACAGCCAUACAGUAUGCCGAAUCCACCAACGCCUCAGUAUGCCGAGAUGUCUGGUGCUGGGACUAUGCCUUUUGGACAGUCGAUGGGGCUAAUUCAGGAGGUACCUUUGGAUCCAAAUAACCUGUCAGCAUUGGGAACAAUUAUGGAUGAGUGGCUAUUUGGGUUCCCGUCCGCUUUUGACGAGAGCUUUCAGAUGUAG